GAGUACGGCAAGCGGGAGGGACAAACGGUCCUUAAUGUUUGUUCUCUGGUUUCCAGGUUAGUGUUUGCUCAGGGGGUGGCAGUUGCCGUAGGUGAAAUCUGCUGGGCCAUGUCGGCUUUCGAGAAACCUCAGAUUAUCGCCCAUAUCCAGAAGAGCCUCAACUACACGGUGUUUGACUGUAAAUGGGUGCCAUGCAGCGCCAAAUUUGUGUCCAUGGGCAACUUCGCUCGGGGCACCGGCGUCAUUCAGCUGUAUGAGAUCCAGCACGGGGAACUGAAGCUGCUUCGGGAGAUUGAAAAGGCCAAACCCAUUAAAUGUGGAACAUUUGGUGCAGCAUCUUUACAGCAGAGAUACUUAGCUACUGGAGACUUUGGUGGAAACCUUCAUAUAUGGAAUUUGGAAGCUCCGGAGAGCCCAGUAUAUUCUGUGAAAGGCCAUAAAGAAAUUAUAAAUACUAUAGAUGGUGUUGGUGGACUAGGAAUUGGAGAAGGAGCACCUGAAAUUGUGACUGGCAGCCGAGAUGGAACUGUCAAGGUGUGGGACCCACGGCAGAAAGAGGAUCCUGUUGCUAAUAUGGAACCUGUACAAGGUGAAAACAAGAGAGACUGUUGGACUGUGGCAUUUGGCAAUGCUUAUAAUCCAGAGGAGCGUGUUGUUUGUGCUGGCUAUGACAACGGAGACAUUAAACUCUUUGAUCUCAGAAAUAUGUCAUUGCGGUGGGAGACAAACAUAAAAAAUGGGGUGUGCAGUGUGGAGUUUGACAGAAAAGAUAUAAGUAUGAAUAAGUUAGUAGCUACAUCUCUGGAAGGAAAGUUCCAUGUUUUUGACAUGAGAACACAGCAUCCAACCAAAGGUUUUGCCUCGGUUUCAGAAAAGGCUCAUAAAUCCACCGUGUGGCAGGUCCGACACCUGCCGCAGAACAGAGAGCUGUUUCUGACUGCUGGAGGCACCGGCGGCCUUCACCUCUGGAAGUAUGAGUACCCUAUUCAGCGGACCAAGAAAGACUCUGAAGGUGUGGAGAUGGGCGUCGCGGGCUCUGUUAGCCUCCUGCAGAAUGUGACAUUGUCUACCCAGCCCAUUUCAAGUUUGGAUUGGAGCCCAGACAAAAGGGGCCUCUGUGUCUGUAGUUCUUUUGACCAAAUGGUGAGAGUACUGAUUGUUACAAAACUUCACAAAAUGUGAUCAAGACUUGGGACUUGAGGC